AUGACUCGAACUAACAGACUAUAUUGCGCAAUCUACACCAAUGGCACCCAAGGCGCAACUUUAAUGACAAUCAACACGUGGUAUCAUGUUGCUUGUGUCUAUGACAUGAUCACGCAGACACAAUCUGUGUGGCUCAAUGGGGUACUGGAUGGUUCGAGUUCGGCGACUGCCUAUCAGGAUGCAUCGGGUACAACAACCAUUGGUGCUAUUUACAAUUCGAGCAGUACGGUAUGUUUCAAUGGUCGCAUAGAUCAAGUGCGAUAUGAGUCAAUAGCAAAAACUGCUUCUGAAAUUUUGAAUGACGCUACACUAUACGUUUAUUAUUCUUUCGACAGUAGUUCUCUGAUCGAUAAUGGUCCUAAUGGUAUUAAUGGAACUUCGUUUGGCAAUGUGACAUUCACAGCUGGAGUAGUGAAUGAAGCUGCUCGAUUUAGUUCUGGUCCAUAUCUUUAUCACACAUAUAGUCCCUUUUACUUUUUGGGCAUCAAUAAUCACCCUUUUAGUAUAUCUUUAUGGGUACAGCCAAUGAAAAACUAUACAGAAUCUACAUUAGUUUUUGUACACAAGUUAUCAGGUUGGUGCGUUCACUUUUUAGUGAUAAAUUCGACUGGCUCUUUAAAGGCGUGUCUCUGGAACGGUGGCAACGUAAUAUUAAGUGGUCCCAUUCUUCCAUUGAACAGUUGGACGCAUAUUGGAUAUACGUACAGUGCCAUUAAUGGCAUUCAAUUGUAUAUAAAUGGUACUUUAUAUUCGACAACUGGUAGCAUUACUUUUUCAGCCUCCGGUGUUCCGAUGUAUAUUAUACUAGGCAGCGAUAAAGGUUUCACAUACUGUGCCCCAGGGUAUGGAAGCUCUUUUACUGGUACAAUGGAUGAGUUUUAUUUGUAUAGCCGUGAACUGUCAGCAUCAGAAAUUCAGACAUUGUCGAAUCCAUAA